AUGAAGGUCCAGUCUUUUACUCUUGUGGCUGCCGCGGCUCUGAUCACGCCUGGUCUGGCGGCGUUUCACCCCGGAGCCGCUAUCAAGGCAAAGCCACCAGUCAACACUGGUUUCAUCAUCGAACUUGAGCCGAAUGCGUCAAUCAAUGGCCGCGAGGUCGGCGAAGAUGCGCACUCUGCUUUCCAUCGCCGAGCCGAAGACGUCCUGGAUUACUCUGUACGUCACGAAUUCAAAAAUCCGGACUACUUCUAUGGCUUGUCAAUCAAUGCAAAGGAUGAUACCGACGUCGACACUUUGCUUGCUCUACCCCAGGUCAAGAAGGUCUGGCCCAACAAAUAUUACGACCGCCCCGUACCAGUUGGUUCUAGCCGGAGAUCAAAGACUGUCAACCCCUCUGUUCCCAUCGGAGUGCAGUCCGUCCAGCUCAGAGCCGCUGCACAGGUUGUCACCAUCAAUGGCACCAGUGAUGUCCUUUCCAGUCUCAAGAUGACCGGCGCUGACAAAGUCCAUGCCCAAGGUCUGACUGGAAAAGGCAUCAAGAUUGGUUUCCUCGAUACUGGUGUUGAUUGGCGUCACCCAGCCCUGGGCGGUGGCUACGGCGAAGGCUUCAAGGUAGCGGGAGGCUAUGAUUUUGUGGGUGAUGACUUUGUUGGCUGGAAUGAUCCAGUCCCGGACGAUGACCCAUUGACUACUUGCUUGGAGGGCGGUCACGGUACCCAUGUUGCUGGAAUCCUCGCUGCCAAGGACCCUCAGGGCGUUGGAUUUGGCAUCUCUGGUGUUGCACCUGACGCAUCUCUUUAUGCCUACCGCGUUCUCGGCUGCAGUGGAGGUGUCACUGAUGAUAUCCUCAUGCAAGGCUUUGAGAGAGCUGCUAGCGACGGAGUUGACCUCAUCAGCAUGUCGAUUGGUGAGACAACUAUUUGGGAGGGUGGCUCACCGUACAUUCCGAUUCUGUCCAAGAUCCAGUCCCAGGGCAUCGGAAUCGUCAUUGCGGCCGGCAACGAGGGCGACACUGGCCUUUACGUUUCCUCGGCACCAGCACAAGACCCCAGUGCGAUCUCAGUCGGCUCCGUGAGCGACUUCCACUUUGCUACGGUGUACAACGCUGCUGGUUCGGAUGGUUCCACCAUUGAGUACGGUCGUGUUGUUCCCCUCAACGCGUCAGCACACUUCAAUGUCUUUGUUGCGGACGACGAUAAUGGAGAGUGCGUGGACCAAGCAUGGGAUGAUGCGAUUGCCAGCUUCCCUGACAAGGGCAGUGUGGUCGCAUUGGUCACCGCGAGAAGCGACUGUUACUACGAUAUCCUGGAUGCACGGAGCAACUCAUCUGGCUUCACGAAUGUCUGGGCAUGGUUUCCUGAUACCAGUGACAUGUCCAUCGACGAGCCAGGUGCGAAUGGCGCCAUUGAUACGGUCAAGGUCAAGAAGUCUGAGGCAAGCAAAAUUCUCGCCGGUAUUGCUAAAGAGGGCAAGAACUUCACUUUGACUUUCGAAGACCAAACCGUUCAUCAGAUUGAUCAGCCAACUGGAGGCACUACCUCAUGGUUCUCAACCUUUGGGCCAACAAUGGAAAUGUCGCUCAAGCCUCAGGUGUCUGCACCUGGAGGAACCAUUCUUAGCACAUGGGUUACAUCUAACGGGUGGGGAUAUGCGGUCAUCUCGGGCACAUCGAUGGCCACCCCUCACCUUGCGGGUUGCUACGCUCUUGUGAAGCAGAAAUAUCCUAACUUGAGCCCGAAGGAGAUCGCGAGGCGUUUGCAAUCGUCCGCAACUCCUCUAAAGCAAUACAACGCGACUGACAUUCUCACCACUACCGCUCAACAAGGCUCGGGAUUAGUCAACGUCCUGAGAGCAGUCACGUCGGAAACCGUUUUCUCUGCAACCGAAUUCAACCUUCUCGACUCAGCCGGACCCCUUGAUCGGAAUUUCACAAUCGAGAACUUGUCAUCUUCCCCCAAGACCUACACGCUGGGUCACAAGCCUGCAGCGGAAGUCAACGGACUACCAAAUGGCAACAGUCUUGACAUCAACGACAUGUUCUACUGGGCGCUCAACUUCAAUCCUAUUUACUCGGAAGUGACAUUCACAACGAGCUCCCUUACGGUUCCAGCUGGCGGCAAGGCGACUGUAGAAUUUACAAUCACCCCUCCCACUGUCGACGUUUCCCUCCUGCCGACUUACAGUGGUCUCAUCACAGUCACCGAAGGAGAGGAAAACUUUUCCAUUCCUUAUCUUGGAAUCCCGUAUGCACGCGGCGAACUCUCCAAUAUCUACACAGGAGACCUAAAGAAUCUUGAUGUCUCCCCAGUGCCCCCUUCUGGCGUUCCUUUGCUGCCGUUUAUCAGUUCUUCUGACGCGGGAAUUCGCAAUAACGACAAGACGAUUUUCACAUUCCCCGCCAAGAAGGUUGCCGAGAACCAAACACAGACUCCCGACAACGACCCAGUUCUCACAAUUUUCAUUGACCAACCAUCGGCGUAUGUCCGCUUUGACGCAGUACCUGCAGACAUCGCGUCUAACCCCGCUUACAACUUCACGCCGUCAACAUAUGGUUAUCUCCCGGAAUCCCAAACGAACGCUACCGUAUUUGCCAACACGCCUGUCACUACUCCUCCCCUGGACCUGGGAACCCUUGACCACGUGGCGGGGUUGAAGAGUUAUGGCCUCGUUGGCUUAUUGUGGGGUGGCGAUGUGCCUCAUGGAACAGUUGCUACCAACUUCCGAGGCUACAGCGUUUAUAGCACUGAUUGGUCUUGGGGUGUUGUUGAACUAGCCAACGGAACCAUUUACCAAUUGCCGAAUGCUGAUUAUCGUAUCUUGGUUCGGGCAUUAAAGUGGGGAGGUAACAUGAACAGCUCGACUGACUAUGACAGCUGGCUGAGCCCGAUCAUUGGGGUUAACAUCACAGACCCGGGAUAUCCCAACCCCUGGCUCACUCAUGUCGAAAGUGGCGCCUCGGGCCAGGUUGGCUUCUUCAACGAGGGUUACUGGGGCAUACCCGUUGAUGGUAGCCCCCACUCGCAUAACAUCUUUAUCCGUGGUAACUACCAGGGUCAAAUGACCUGGGUCUUACAAAGCGUUUCCACAUUCACCGAGUUUCAUCAACGUCCACUCAUAACCUUCUCAUCGUUGACGGAUAUCGAAUACAGAAUGAUCUUUGAUGCAGAGCUUGUAGCAGGGUCUUCAGGGGAAAACUUUCUCAGAUUCGCCGGCGGCAAUAACCUAGAAGGACCAAAUGUCGAGAAUCGAUGGAAGUGGAAUGAGACGAUUGGUGCUCUGGCUUCUCGCCCCGGUCACCAAGGAGCUUGGGGAUAUCCAAACACAGAUGCUCUGGGUCUUCAUGAUUACUUUGAGUGGUGUGAUGACAUGCAACUCGAGCCAUUUCUGGACGUCUAUUCAGGGUACUCUCUUGACGGCACUCAUAUCACUGGCGAGGAUCUGGGGCCCUUUGUUGACGAACUUAUGCGCGAACUCCAACCUUGGUCUGUCAAAUGGGUUGAAAUCGGAAACGAAGACGACUUUGGUCGUAGCAGCUACCCCGAAAGAUUUGCUGCCUUCUAUAACGCCAUUCGUCCGGCGUAUCCAGAGCUCCAACUCAUUGCUUCAGCGACUGGGUUCAACUGCUUACCUGAUCCAUUUCCAGCAGAUGCGUGGAUCGACUACCACGAAUAUAAUGUCCCUGAAAACUACAUUGUCAACUUCGCCCAGUGA